AUGACACGGCUGGGGAAACAAAGCAACCGGCAAAAGAACGCCUUAGACUCCCAUGAUAAUUAUAAUAAUAAAUACCACAACAGCAGCCCCUCAACUGCUUGCGUAACGCACAGAGAGGAUUCAGCUAUCGAUAGCCCAACGACAUCUGUUUACCCUGAAUCUAGCCCCAGUCACAAUCGACAAAACAUCGAGUUGUCGAGUAGCUUUACAUCUACAGUGAGUCGUUCACUGUCCACUCGGCAUCAUCGCCACGCUUCACAGAAUCUACAUUCGUCCGCUCGGGGAAAAAAGAACAAACGCCUUUUUGAUCGCAUGCGAUCAAGCUCACAUCGAAGUUCGACAGAAUCAAAAUCCUCCGCCUCAACUUCCUGCCAAGGUAGCAACUACCACAGUAAUUACGACGCUGACGGACUUGCUCGUCGUGCAUCCACGAGAGAAAAUAUCUCGGACAUUGGUAUCACUAAACCAACCGCUGCUGUCUUUCAAGCACCAAGAAUAUAUCUAGAGCCGCUGCAGAUUCCAAAGUUAUCUUUUUCAUUGCCACAUAAAGCUGUUGAGGCUGACAUUGAAUUUGAACUCUGUAGCCAACAAGAAAUAGCUAGUCCUAUUUCGUCACAACAUCAGCCUACACCACCUAUUGUAACAAAACCCCGUCCCACCGUCUAUCAAUCCCUUCAAGAGGAGCAGUGUCAACAGCUGCAAGAUAGAAUACUACAUGAACACCUGGAGUCGCCACAUCAUAAACCUGGAAAUUUUUACCAUAAUUCCAGCAUUGCUGACAACCCUCUUGAACCUUUGUGUGUAGCAGAAUUUGAUAAAAGCUCCAAGCUCGAUUUAAUUCAUUCUAGUCCUACAAAACUUUUGGAAGAUCCGUACAGACCCGCUACUGUAAGAGAAGUUAGUUCUGACUACAAUAAUCAAGUAUUUUAUAACUCUAGCUUGUCUAAAACUCAAGUUGCGCAACCCGACAAGCCAUAUAUGGCACCGUCGGGAGCAACGGUUGCUUGUCGAAGAAUGACGGACACAAAAGUUACCGUGCAAACGCAGCAAGAAGGUAGAGAAGGGAUGCCAAGUUACAAUAAAAGUCAGUUCUCAAACCAAUCCCCUACUCCAGAGCUGAGCCUAUAUCAAGGCACUCAAGGCCAAUCUUAUCGAGGGAUCUCUCAAAGAGAUCAGCUCGUUACCCAAAAUGAACAGGGUCGUCACACACCCCCACUUCCACCUGCUGAGCGAGAUGUAAACGAUAAUUAUAAAGAGCUCGUAACUAAAUAUAAAAAAGUCAAGGGUCUCUACUUUGAAAAAACAGCACAAGUUGAGCAGUUACAAAAUACUCUUGCAAACCAGCGUCUCUCGCAAUCACGGACUUCCCUAGAUGAUAGCGAAUAUAUGACUCGAUUCCAACGAUUAGAAGGUGCUAUAACAAACCUAGCGUUCAACAUCCGCAAAGACUGGCGGACCCUACCAGCUUGGCUCUCGCAAUACGUGAAUAGUGACGCCCUGAAGAUUGGAAAACAAGAAAUGACUGCUGUUGGUAGAGCGAUAAUUACCAAGUUUCUGGCUGACGAAAUAUUUAAUGUCACUUUUCAUCCUGCUCUUCCAACCGAACUUAGCAGCAACUUGAAGUUUAUCGAACGAAAUAUUCGCAGAUUCUCUCCUCCUCCAAAUAGUCAAGAAGAGACUGAAGCACUCACUGCCAAGCUGAUACAAUGGCGCCUAACCACUCUCGAUGGUCUCAAGGACGUCUUUUCAUCACCAGAGAGUGAGGAUAACAAGAACAACUUUACUGAAACAGUUACAUCUAACCUUGCAUCACUAAUUACAAGUCUUCUUCAAGAGCCCAUUCCACCAGGUGUUGAAGAUUCGGCUCACAUGAUUGUCGAAUUGUCAAUCGGAAUAGCUUCUAAUCUACCACUUGAAAGUCGAGAGAUAUCUAUCACUUACCCAAUGCCAGGUGAUCCAUUUCAACCAAUUCUUAUGAAACUAGAGAAUCCGAUUCCCCCCUUGAUCGAUCCUAGAUUUGAGACCAAAGAAAACGAGACUACUUGCGACACUGCAAAGGAUGAAGUCGGAAAGGAAAAGAAAGGAAAUAAUGUACUACAAGCCUAUGCAAGUCCGAAUUCAAGUGGAAAGAGAGAAGGUGGAGGCGAUCCCAAGAAAGCUGAUGACGGAGCUCAGAAAAUUCGAUUUGCAGGAUUUCUAGGAGUAGAGGUUCGGGGUCGACAAGUCUUACUGAAGGCACCUGUAUGGUCACUGAAUUGA